GUCAUCUCGUGGUGAUAAAUCAGAUUUGCCCUCUUUCUCGAAGUGAAUCAGUUGGACCUUCGCACCCUCGGUUCUAGUAGAUACGCACAAGUGGCAUCCUGAGCCUCCUUCAAGGGCCGCCUGGGUCACAAUUAGAAGGUCCCACCUUUCAAGCAAUACAUUUCUGGAGGUUGCGCGGCGCUCUGAAUGCGGCAGAAGGCAGUCCCAUCUACAACAGAGGAAGCCUGUGGGCGCUUUUAUUAUGUCAUGCUCCCUCAAGGAAUAGGUCACUGUGCAGGAGAAGGGUUUUAAUCGGUUCUCGACCACUUGGGUGCACAUGGGUCGCUCUGAUGUCAGCAGUUUUGGAUAAAUAAUCGCAUUACAGAAACUCACAUAAGCGUCAAAACGCGAGUUGUACAAAUGCUGAAGUGGUCUUUCAAUAUCUGUCUGUGUGAGUGGCUCGCCUGCAUGUUCGGCUGGGGUUGUUGUUUCGUCGUGCAGUUGAUUAACAGGUCAAUGCCUGCUCUGAUUCCGGACACACGAGUCAAAGUAACUGCGACUCCCAUAGGUCUCGGUCCUUGCGGAGUCUACACUCUCGGCGACCUGUGCUGGAGGCUCUUCCAUUAGUUUGUUCAGUAGCGCAGGUUCUGGGUUUUCCUGGUGUAUGCAGAUGGUUGCUGAUCCUUUACAUUGCGGACCCUUACGACAUGCGAGCUUUGAGGUUAUAUUCGGUUUGGGUGUGAUGCGACCUGCUCCAUCGUUGAGGGUUCAGUCAUAAUGUGAUGAACCGUCCUCAAGCUGUUGCGCUUGAAUGGAUUAAGAUCACUGGCGGCAUAUUAUUUGUAGACAUAAUGAGAACGAGUGCUUGAGGAACUGGCAGAUUCACAGAUACUUUGGGAAACAGUGCCAUGAUCAUGAUUGUACAGUUCCAGUUAUAGAAUCGAAGUGGGCACGUGGAGUCGUCAAUUCAGAAUGAUUGGUCUUAAGGGCCGGAAGGGCUAUAUAUUAUCGAAAUCAGUGCUAGGAAUACUUUUUGGGACUUUCGCCCUCUUCACGUUGCAACUGUACUCUUUGGGGGAUCCGAUCCAACCGAGCCUCUCAUUGAAGGAGCUCCCGCUGCAAAUACUAUCCAUCGAAGAAACGCUGCAGCCGUUUUUAUUGCAGCAAUCGGCGCUUGAACUUUUGGACACAGAAGAUCAUACUCUGCGUCGUGUUUCUGUUCAAGAGCCACGUCAACGUUUCGAAGGCUCAGACUCUUUACUUUGGAACGUGUCGUAUCCGACCCACGAAUGCAAGACGGAGUGGUUUCCGGAGAAUCAUUGGACUGAUCGGGAUUUGAGAGUGGACGGAGAUGUUGGUAAUGGGCAGCAGCUGUUUGGUACUGUAGCAGCGCAACAUGCAAUUUGGCAGCACCAGCAUCCUAGCACCUGCGUUGACAAAAAGUUCCUCGUGUACGAGGCCCUGGGGCCUGAGCAUGGCAUAGGGUCCAUUUUGCAUGCCAUGGGUGUAGCGUUGCAAGCUGCGCUUAACCUCGACAGGAUUCUAGUUUUGUACCCACAACCAGCAUUUGAAUGGACGAACGGUCUCUUCUGCCAGGGCACCAGUACCCUGGAUCAAUGCUAUUUUGAGCCACUGUCAAAUUGCACGGUGGCUGACGCAUUUGGAAAUAUGAGCGUGAGCCUUGACAGCUUGUGGAGAUUCUCGGAGCUUAGCUUAGACAGCUAUAACCGAUACGAUUCAGAUUGGAGGUUUUCAGAGAAGAUUCUUGGGUCAUCCGUAAGGACAGUAGCGGAAAAUUUCGAAGAUUCGAAGAAUAUUAUCAAUGUUUUGAGAGGCGAAACGCCGCACAUGUUCCACAGCCUGCUGAAGGCUGGGAAUCUGUCGGAGAAGAACUUCUAUUGGUGGCGAGCUCAGAGCGUGGCGUACAUCGUGCGACCCAAUCAUCGAACCCUGUUCGAGCUCAAAUUACGUCGAAAUUUCUACUUCAACAACAAACGGCUCGAACGCGGCACAAUAUCGGUGCACAUCCCCUACGGCGAGAAUAGGGACCCUGAGAAUCAAUCCCCCGACAAGUGGAUUUCAUACUUGCAAUCUGCUGAAGCUCUGGUCAGCCGGUAUCCCAACCUUCAACGCAAGAUUUUUUUGAGCACAGAAGACCCACUUGCAAUCAGCUUCUUUUCGAAGCUCACCAGCUGGACAGUCAUGUGGACAAAGGUAAAGCGCGUCUCCGGCAAGAACAUCAUCACCAGACCUAAUCAAGCCUUGGGUAGCUUCGUCUCGCGAUUUGGUUGGGACGAAGAGUUUCUCAAUAGUUUACUUAACCUGCAGUUAGCUUUGGAAUGCGAUGGUUCCGUUGGACACCUUAGCUCCAACUGGAACCGGCUCAUUGACGAGCUCAAGAGUACCGUCCGCUGCAAACACAAUCGCGCGUAUGCAGACAUUGUGCAAGGGUUCAAUAUAUCCAAUUAUUUCUGGUAAUUAGAAUUACCACCACAAUAGCAGUGCAAUAUGAGUGUACUCAAUUAGGUUUUUGUCUAACCUGUAAGUAUACAUCCGGAUUGUGAAGCUCUAUGCUAGAGAACGCUGGAGCUGUUCCGGUAGCCCAAUUUAUCAAUUACAGUUCAACAGGCAUGUGAUCAAGUGGUCUCAGAAGCGAAUUGAUGCGUCUCUGAUUUACUGUUUUAUCUGAUCUGAUUGUGGACCCUGCUUUUUUUUAAUCUAAUGUGUCAAGUUUCGAGCA